AUGUUGCCUAAUGCGGAACUGUCACCCCAACUACCCCUUGCAAAGGCAAGGGUCAACUUUCCUCCAGAAAUGCUGGACAGAAGGCCCAGCAAGUCGAUGUUCAUACCAAGGAGGAGUAGGAGUAUGAGCGCUUGGAGUGACAUCAGCAGGUCGAGUUGGAGAUUGGAAGAAAGGUAA